AUGCGCAUGAAAACGUCCCGAAGCAACCGACAACAGUGUCUGUGCGCGAGAGGAUCACAUAUCGGUCGCACAGGAAAGUACAGAGCAGGAACUGUCCAUCGAGCCACGAGAUUAAGAUCCGUAGGAAUCCUGUCAGACCCGCCGGCCUUUGUCACAGAGGCUGUACAACACGAAGCACGACGGGACGAGAACCGGCGCAAAGUCUAUGCCAAGAUGGCAGCAGAGGCUGAACGAUCCGAGCUCUGGGACAGUAUGGCACAAUCUGGUCGUGAUUCUGGUACGAUUAGGCGACGAGUCGAAGCGGAUCCGAAGCGUGCAUUGACUGGGACUGCGAAGGACGAGCUGAUUGAUGAUGUACGUAGAUUUGCUGGCUAUCGGAGGUGA